GUUGCCGGAUCGAGCUCGCCUCUCUCUCGAACCUCGCUUCGCCGCACGGCACAAAAAAGCCCGGCCGCGCCCUCAUCCCCUCCACACGUUUCCGCCUCCCCGAUCCACAGCCGCCGCCGCCGACACAGCACCGGCCCCUCGUCCCCUCCCAGCCCUCGCCGCAGCCGCAGCCGAGGCCGACAGACCAGCCAGCCAAGCCCCUCCUUCAUCGCCAGGCGGCGCGGCGCACGCCGGGAGCGGGCGGGCGGGCGGCCGCGCGGCGCGGCUAUUGUUGUCCUCUGUGGGAAGGCGGUGGGGGGGUGAGGAUGGCGUCGAGCGCGGCGGAGGCGGCGGGGCGAGUGGCGGACGACCACGACGGCUGGGCGUCGGACGGCGAGGUGGACAUGGAGAUGGAGGCGGGCGGCGAGGCCCACGGCCGCGAUGCCGGUCGGAGGGAUGGCGGCGCGGAUGAGGUAGACGACGCGUACUCGCUGAUCACUAGGGUAAGUGACAUAUCAGCAGCUGAAGCAAGGGCAGGAAAGGAUAUGCAAGGUAUUCCGUGGGAGAGGCUAAACAUAACCAGGCAGGACUACAGAAAAGCUAGGUUGGAACAGUAUAAAAACUAUGAAAACUUCCCUCAAUCUGGAGAGCUCAUGGAUAAGUUGUGCAAGCAAGUGGAGCCGAGCAGCAAGUAUUACGAAUUUCAGCACAACACUAGAUCAGUGAAGCCAUCUAUUCUCCAUUUUCAGCUUAGGAAUUUGUUAUGGGCAACCUCGAAGCAUGAUGUCUAUUUUAUGUCGGAGUCCACGGUAGGCCACUGGUCAUCAUUGUCUCACAAAUUGUCAACGGUUCUUGACUUCUCAGGGCAUGUUGCUCCAGCAGAGAAGCAUCCUGGCAGUUUACUAGAAGGGUUCUCUGGGGUUCAAGUCAGCACACUUGCUGUUAAUGAGGGUUUAUUGGUAGCUGGUGGUUUUCAAGGAGAACUAGUUUGCAAGGGUUUAGCAGACUGCAAUGUGAAAUUUUGUACAAGGACAACUUUGAGCGACAAUGCUAUAACGAAUGCCAUAGAUAUACACAGAUCUACAAGUGGAAGCUUGUGCAUUACGGUAUCCAAUAAUGAUUGUGGUGUCCGUGAAUAUGACAUGGAAAGAUUUCAGCUCUUGAAUCACUUCCGCUAUAGCUGGCCGGUUAAUCACACAUCUGUGAGUCCGGAUAGGAAACUUUUGGCGGUGGUUGGAGAUGAUCGGGACGCACUUCUUGUGGAUUCACGAAAUGGGAAGGUAACCUCUACCCUAGUUGGCCAUCUCGACUACUCAUUCGCAACGGCAUGGCACCCAGAUGGGCGCACCUUCGCGACAGGGAACCAGGACAAAACCUGCCGCGUCUGGGACAUGCGCAACCUGUCGACCUCCCUUGCAGUCCUUCGGGGCAACAUCGGCGCAAUCCGGUGCAUCCGCUACUCCUCUGACGGGAGGUUCCUGGUGUUCUCGGAGCCCGCCGACUUCGUGCACGUGUACAGCGCAGCCGCAGACUACAAGAAACGGCAGGAGAUCGACUUCUUCGGUGAGGUGUCCGGGAUCACGCUCAGCCCCGAUGACGAGUCCCUGUUCGUCGGGGUAUGUGACCGCGUCUACGCCAGCUUGAUGCAGUACAGGAUGGCCCAUGCGUUCAACUAUCUUGACUCGUACAUGUGAAGAACUGAAAUAUAUGGUGUUGUCUGUCUGGUGCUGGCUAUCGGUCACUGCUCUCGGUGGCCUUCUGGUGUGCGGUUCAGGGAAUGUAUCUGCCUGUUCUCGUGCGCUAGCCAUGGUGUACGGCGAGUUGAGGCUCGGGCGAGUCUGCCGUGUAAAUAGUUUAGCAGUUGAAGCAUAAUGUCGAGGACCGGUACUGUGAACAUAUGACUAUAUGAGCAAUGUAUGUUUGCGCUGUUAGUUUCA